AUGAAACAAGAAACAAAGUUCAUUUUUGGAUAUAAUCAUUUGCCUAAGCUUUUCAAUCUCAAUACUAAUCUUAAUUCAUCAUGCCAAGCUUUACACGUAUUUAUGCUCGUGAUAGCAAUUUUUCUAUUUGUUGAAGCGUUACCUCAUGUACGAUCUAAGUUAUUUACCCUCGGUGACGACCAGAAUUUUGACGUACUAUUCGAUACAGAUUCGUUUGUGGUUUCUAUAGACUGUCUUACACCUAUACGUACUGAGAAAAAUCAAUAUGAUUCAAGAAAGGAUAAUCUUUUCGAAGAUCUCGGCAGAAAUUUCCAAGUCAACUAUGUGCAAAAGGGAAAUCAUGCUCGACCUCUUUCGACAUUUUCAUUAUUGACUCUUAAUGAUAAUGCGAAAAGCGAAUUAACAAUUGGCGGAACUAAUCCAGAAAGAUAUAUUGAACCAAUUACCUGGAUAAAUCUAGUGGAUAAUAAUCAAGGUUUUGGAGAAAACUUCUUCGUCAAUGGCCAACCAUUAAACUUUCCAAAUUGUGAAGGAACCGUUGAUACCGCGACCUCACUAAAAAUUAUGCCACCUGCCGAUGCUCGACAAAUUUAUGAAGCAAUACCAAAUUUGGAAUUUACCAGCGAAAUGGGCGCUUCGUUAUACUUUGUAAAGUGA